GAGGAGGCCAAAUCAGACGUUGUUUUAAUGUUUUUUCAAUUAAAUGUGUAAAAUAUACAAAGAAAAUUACUACAUUUAAGUUGGUUAAGUGUUUCGUUUCAAACGAAACAUCGCUUGUUUUACUGCUGGUCGGUAGGUGGCGCAUAACGGAAGUAGUCGGAUCAGUUUCGCUUUAAGAUGCAACACAGGAAAAACUAGAAUUAGGAUACGUCAUUGUGUAAAUUAAAUAAGCAGGUUCGUUGUUUUUUGACACAAUUUUCUUUCAUGUAAGCAACUUCAAGCUCAUCUAUUGUGCUACUUUCUGCCGCAAAGUGUUGUAUCACCGCGUACUUUAUCUUGAAAAACCGAGCCACCGGAAACUUUAUUUAUAACAGCUCGGCUUGACAGUCGGUCAGCGAUCACACAGGCACAUCAGCUGUACCAGAGACAGGAAUACUGACCCAAUUUAUUGAACAGAGGAUAACAACAGCGAAGGGACUACGCGUCGCAGUGACUGACCGAGGGGAAAAGUGUGAUAUUCACAUCUUCUCUGCCAGAGUAAACUGCGCGAGGAGUUUACAGCAAAGCUUCACCAACCAGUCUGCCCAGAAACCGGCACAGACCUGACAAGUGUGCCAUUGACUGCUCCGACUGUGAGAGAGAAGAGGAGGGAGGAACAAAGACAUAGAGAAUUUGUCCUCCCCAGACGUAAGGAACGAGGGGGGGGAUUGUGGUCACAGAGAUCAUUGUCCUGGGAGCCUCUCAAGGGAAACACGUUCGUUGAAAAGUGCGUAAUGGCCGAGCUGUCAUCGGCCCAGGUGACCGAGUGCACCUGAGCGUUACUGCUGCAGCGCACACCGACACAGUCACCACUGCGCAGUUAAAAUCAACACGGCCGCGGCUUCAGGAAACUCAGCAAGAGGAGAAAACGUGACUGGACUUUUUUUUGUUGGAUUACUGCAUUUUUUUUUGCCUGGAGCUGUUGGUAGUUUACCUGAGGUUAGGGAGGAAUAAAGAAGCACAUGGCGCCUGAUUGUGGAGCGUGGAUUAACUGAGCUGAGAGGAGGAAGCAGCUGGAGUUUUUAAAGCAUCCGUGUGCAGGAAUGCAGAUUCACAUGUGGAAUUCAUCUGGACAUACAGUGUCGUGCUGGAGGAGCUGAGCCUGUGAAGGCCCGUGAGGCGGCCAUGUUGGAUCUCUCCCUGACAGCGCUGGUGUUGACCCGUCUUCACCCGUCACCUCACAGCACCCGACUCCCGACCUAACUCCCCCCCCCCCUCCUCUCUUCCUACGUCCCUUCUGGAAGAAAGGUCCUUAGUGUUUGUGGAAAAUGUCCUAUGCACAUCAUAACCUGCUCACCUGGAGCUUACCUCACCUCCUCCUCCUCCCGCUGACCUACCUCUGGCUCCUGGCUGCUCCCACAGGCGUGUCGGCAAACGUCUGCCGGGUCACUGGUGGGAUUCUGGGGAUCCACUGGAGCAGCACCAUCAGCAUGGGUUGGUUUCCCCUGGCGGACGGGAGAGGCGGCGCGACGUGCUGGGAGUCCUGCUGCCUGGAGCCGAGCUGCAACGCCGUGUGGAGCCUCGGCGGCCGCUGCGUCCUCCUCAGCUGCCUCCUUAAAGGGGGCUGCCCCAUCACGUCUCUGCCGCAGCCUCACGAGGAGUCACUCGGCCUCCUUCAGCUGCUCUCCAAGGGUCCCGUCAAAAUAAAGAGUCGGAAACCUCGUAACGCGAUGCGUUCAUCAGGCCGCAGGCAGCACCAGAAAGCACAGAAAGUCCAGGCGGCCGCAACGGAGAGCUCCAAACUGACCGAAUCAAACCCAACUCCAACAUCAUCCAGCACCGUCAGUCUCGUCCAAAAAACCCAAAAGAAUCUGAGCCAGUCAACCACCGGGAGUUCAAAUAUCACUGCUCCUUCGCCGCGGCAGAACUCGACGGCCGUGGACGGCGUCACCCCCACCACCACAGCAGCGUCUUCCAGUAGCAGUGAUGUCAGCGCAACCACAGAAGCCGCAGCCACCACCACCGUCACUGCUCCAACACCGGCCGUGAGGGAGCUGGUGGUGUCGGCAGGAGAGAGUGUGGAGGUGACGCUGCCCCGCAACGAGGUCGAACUCAACGCCUUCGUGGUCCCAGCGCCCACAGAUGGGACAAACUAUGCAUUUGACUGGAGUCUGAUAACUCAUCCCAAAGAUUACAGCGGGGAGAUGGAGGGAAAGCACACAAAGACGCUUAAACUGAGCAAGCUGACUGUGGGUCUGUAUGAGUUUGGGGUGACGGUGGAAGGGGAUAAAGCCUACGGAAAAGGUUACGUCAACGUCACGGUCAAACCAGAGCCGCGGGUAAACAAGCCUCCGGUUGCCGUAGUUUCCCCAGACUUCCAGCAGAUCUCCUUGCCGACCAGCUCUACGGUGAUCGACGGCAGCCAGAGCACAGAUGACGACAAGGUGGUGGCGUGGCACUGGGAGGAGGUCAAAGGUCCCCUGAGGGAGGAGAAGGUCUCUGCUGACACCCCCGUCCUCACCCUCACCAACCUGGUGCCUGGGAACUACACAUUUAGUUUAACAGUAACAGACUCAGAUGGAGCCACAGACUCAACACAGGCCACCCUCCUUGUCAACAAAGCCACGGACUACCCCCCCGUGGCCAACGCCGGCCCCAACCAGGUCAUCCAGUUGCCCAAAAACUCCAUCACUCUGUACGGCAACCAGAGCAUGGACGACCACGACUCGCUGUUGUACGAGUGGUCCCUCAGCCCCGAGAGCAAAGACAAAGUGGUGGAGAUGCAGGGUGUGCGCACGCCGAUCCUGCAGCUGUCGGCCAUGCAGGAGGGAGACUACACCUUCCAGCUGACUGUGACCGACUCGGGCGGACAGCAGAACACCGCCAAGGUCACCGUCAUCGUGCAGCCAGAAAACAAUAAAGCACCAGUAGCAGACGCAGGACCGGAGAAAGAGCUCACGCUGCCGAUUGAACAAACCACGCUGGACGGCAGUAAGAGCUCCGACGACCAGAGGAUCGCCACCUACCAGUGGAAAAAGACCAGUGGUCCCGAUGGUGUGAAGAUUGAAAACGCCAACAGCGCCGUUGCCACGGUGACGGGCCUGGAGGGCGGCACGUACGAGUUCACCCUGACGGUGACCGAUGACAGGAACCUGGAGAGCAGCGACACUGUCAGAGUCAUCGUCAAGGAAGAAAAGGACCAGCCGCCCGUGGCUCACGUUGUGUCCAGCCCGCCCAUCUCCCUCCCCGUCCGGACCGCCAUCCUGGACGGAUCUCGCUCCACCGACGACAAAGGUGGAGUCAGCUACCUGUGGACGAGAGAGGACACCAGUCCCGCGGCCGGGGACGUGCUGAACAACUCCGACCACCAGGCAGUGCUGUUUUUGGGAAACCUGGUGGAGGGGAAAUACAGCUUCAUCCUGACUGUAACCGACAGUAAAGGACAGAGCUGCACGGACAGGGGCACGGUGGAGGUCAAACCAGACGUGUGGGAGCGCGACCUGGUGGAGCUGGUGUUGGAGGUCUCCGUGUCGCAGAUCUCCCACCGCCAGCAGGACAUGCUGCUGCGGCAGGUCGGGGUUUUACUGGGCGUGCUCGACAGCGACAUCACCGUGAGAGAAAUCAGCGCGUUUAAUGAGCACAGUACUCGUUUGGUCUUCCUGGUGUCAGGCGGUCCGGGGCGCCCCCCUCUGUCCGGACGCAGCGUUGCACUUAGCCUUCGCAACAAACUGCGCAAACAGAAGAACGACUUCCUCAUCUACAAGGCCCGACGGGUGGAUACAGUCAUCUGCCAGCUGAACUGCUCCGGCCACGGAGAGUGUGACUCGUUCACGCGACGCUGCGUCUGUCAGCCUUUCUGGAUGGAGAACUUCAUCAGAGCUCAGUUCGGAGACGCGGAGAGCAACUGUGAGUGGAGCGUGCUCUACGUGACCAUAGCCUCCUUCAUGAUCGUGGUUGCUGUGGCAACAUUCAUCUGGGGGAUGGUGUGCUGCUGCAACAGGAGGAAGAGCAAAGCGCGCAGAAGCAAGAGUCGAUAUAAAAUGCUAGAAGCUGACGAACAAGACAGUCUGGAGCUUCAUCCGCCAAGAGCUGCCCGUCUGAAGCCGAUGACAGCUCCCACCUCCUCCGCCCUCAUGCACUCGGACUCGGACCUGGACAGCGACGAGGGGCAGGGCGGCGUCCCGUGGACGGAGCAGGAGCGCGGGCACCUCCUGAGGCCCCAGAACGGCUCCAUGAGGAACGGCCAGGGUCCGACCAGGGCCAAGAAGCAACGGGAGGAGCUGCUAUAGCAAGAGAGAAGGGGGGAGCUCUCAGCUGCCCUCACGCGGCCUUCCUCCUCCUCCUCCUCCUCCUCCUCCUCCUCCUCCUCCUCCGGCUGUCUCACCCCUCUGUUCCUCACCCUUUCUCUUAUGUUGCUCUUCAACGCAAAAACCUCGCACGUCUCAUCUCCGAAGACGGACGGCGUGAUCUUGGAAUUAUUUGAGAGGGAAAACAUGCUGGAAACAUGUCGCCGCUCUGAAGAAAAAUUCCCCUGCUCCCAACGCUGAGCCAGUUCAGAAGGAAAGAAAGAAAGAAACUGUGACACUGAGAACUAGAGGUGAGCACCGUGUUUUUCCGACGGCAUAAAAAAUAUAACCUAGAGACAUUAGGAAUGUACUACUGCUCCUCUUACCAGUGGAAUCGCUUCGCUUAGAAAACUGUGUGAGAGGAAAGUAGCCUGAGUGACACUUUCUAGAGAGACUUUCUAGAUUAAAAAAAACAAAAACUGCUUCAAAUGACACGAAAACCAGCCACUUGACACGCACACGUCUUGCCUCUCGUUCGUAGACACGCAUGUACCGACGCCGUUUCAGGUCGACCCCGAUGCUACCAAACACUGCCGUUUUUAAAACCAAUGGUGAAUAAACUCUGACGAUUUUGACAGAUGGACUAAAAAAAUAAAUAAAUAAAUAAAAGAAAAGAAAGAAAACAACCAAAACAGCUAUUAGAAAAUAACAAUAAUGAUAAAAUAAAAUAAGUGCAUGAAGAGCGACAGAUUGCGGUUGUGGUACGAUCUGAUCUGAUGCCGGAGCGAUUGGCUGCAUGUUUGUAUGUCGGUGUGUAUGUGUGGAUUUUUUCUGCCAAAACAUGUUGAUUCAAAGCAGUUUGUAUGUUUUUAUGUCUGUCUUAUUAUUAUUAUUAUUAUUAUUAACCCAUAGAUCACUGUAACACACACACACACACACAUACACUGGAGUACACAACGUUAACGAUCUCAUCAUUGAGGAGGAGGAUGAGAUGCUGCUUCCUCACCUUGAUAUUCAUCAGCGUAACGACUGCUUGAACCUUAAAGACCACUGAUGUUUGUUUGUGUGUUUGUUUGUUUGUUUGUUUUUUUUCUCACAAACGAACCUUUUGGUUGUGAUUCGAUGUUAAUGCACUUUGAUUUAAUGUCCACGGUGUCAUUUUUGUUGUUGGUUUAAAACAAAAAAAAAAGGGAGAAGUUCACACGUGGUGGUUCGAGUCGGAAAGUUCAGCCAUAAAACAGGAAUUUGAUUAUAAUAUCAAAUAUAUACAUUCAGUUUUAGUAAAGCUCACAUGCAGAAGCACCUAAUAAGUGAUUUAAACGUUGUUGAAUGUAUUAAAUUAGGUGAUUUUGCAGUUUUGGUGCAAUUUGUCUCCAAAUUAUUAUCAUGUGAAUCUUUUAUUUUGAAAGAAUAGAUGAAUCAGUUUAUACUUGCCAUUAAAAACAAAUAUAUUUUUGGAUAAAGGUCAAGAUCCACAAUGCGUUUGUGAUACAUAAAUCUAUUGUGAAGGUGAAUUAAAGUGACAGAAGAAAACAAAUAAUGUUGAAUAUUGUGCACAUGAGGAGGUUCAGACUUGUCCGUGAAGAAAACGUCUUCCAAUAGAUUUGCCAUCUUACCUUUAAACUAAUUUCCGUGGAAGUGAGUUAUCGGUGCGUCCAGAUGGAGAUAAAGACGAUGCUAAAUCCCCCCCCAAAACAAAUCAUUUCUUCCAACAAACAGGAACAGACCGUUAAUCUAAAGGAUGAUUGCUUCCUCCCCCCAGAGAAGAUUACCAUAAAUAAAUGUACCGCUGACAGCUGAGAGGAAGCAGGAAGGUUUUAUUUCAUCUUGCGUCGGCGGUAGUUUGAGGUGUUUCAUGGCUGAACUGUACCGAGAGAAAACUUUAAACCGACAUCUCACGGUGUGAUGGCUUUGCAUGCAGAAUGUGAAAAAACUGCCCGCCCCUUUUUCUUUGUCUCUUGUUAAGGAACGGGUUCACCAGCGAUUCAGUACGACCUGCACUCUUUGGGAGAUAAGUUUAAAAGUCUUGCAAGGAAAAAAAAAAAAAUUAGACACAAAAAAAAGUGUGUUUCUGCUGCACAAGCUUUGUUUUGUUUUUGAAUUAUUUCAUCCACAAUUAAAAAUCAAGCGCACCCAAGUGCCGACUCUUGUUUGAACACUUGUUUUUCUUUUCGUGCACUAUACAAAAAAAAUAAAAAAAAAGUUGUUUUUUUUUUUUUGGGGGGGGGGGCACAGACAAAAUGUUAAUUAAUUUCUUAGUUUAUCUUUGUUUCCCCCAAAAAACUCUUCCAAGGUCAUUUUACGUCUAGCAUUUCGUCUGUUACAUUUGCGACUAAUGUUUUGAGGUUUAUAUAAGAGAAGGGGAUUGACCCGGACUUUGAAGAGUUCACUGUGAAGGCAGAUGGCAAAACUGUGGAGGGACUGUGAGACGAAGGGAUAUUUUGUUUGUUUGUUUGUUUGUUUUAACAAGAUGUGAUUGAAGGAUUACUUCUCGUUUCUCUCUUUGACCUGAUGCAACUGGAUAAUCUGUAAAUUAAAAUAAAAUGUUUUGGUUUGUUCUUGA